UCUCCUCGGGAACAGCCUUCUCCUGCCUCCUCUGCACCCGGAAAACUCAACUCCUGCCAAGAUGUCCUGCCAGCAGAACCAGCAGCAGUGCCAGCCCCCACCCAAGUGCCCCUCACCCAAGUGCCCCCCAAAGAGCCCAGCACAGUGUCUGCCUCCAGCUUCCUCUGGCUGUGCCCCAGUCUCCGGGGGCUGUGGCUCCAGCUCCGAGGGCGGCUGCUGCUUGAGCCACCACAGGCGCCACCACCGAUGCCGGCGCCAGCGCUCCAACUCCUGUGACAGGGGCAGUGGUCAGCAAGGCGGGGGUUCCGGCUGUGGCCACCGUUCUGGGGGCUGUUGCUGAUCCAGUUCCUGAGGCCGAGAUAAGCGAUUUUGGAGGAAACAAGAAUCCCAAGGGACGAGAUAAGCGAUUUUGGAGGAAACAAGAAUCCCAAGGGACGAGGAGCAGCCCCACGCUGAUGCACGCUUUCCCAGAUACCCUCUUCUGGCUUUCACAGGCUGAGCUAGGGAUUUUCCUGUGCAGGAUCUGAGCUCUCCCCAGAAGGCACUUCCUAUUUUACGUCUGGGAUGUCACAUGUUUCCCUAUCCCUGUACCUGCCAAGGAUUGGCAGUGCUUGUGUCUGACUUCAAAAAAUAAAGCUUCUUGUCUUCUUUA